GGCCGGGUCUCGGAUCGGUUGGCUCGAUUUGCAUGACUGCACUCGAAAUAAAGAUGGCUGCGCCCAUGAGGGUCCUGGUUGGUGUGAAAGACGAAGUAUUGAAUGGGACAAACUCGAAUUUUCUAACGAAUAAAAUAGGAGGAAAUCCAGAUUGGAUCCAUGGUGGAAAACAAAAAAAUCCUGCUUGCAAAUUGUGUGGAAAGAUCCUCUACCUUGCCGUCCAAGUAUACUGCCCUCUGGAGGGCUCAAAGUAUCAUAGAACUCUCUAUAUUUUUGCUUGUGCGAACAGAUCGUGUUGGAAUAAACAAGAGAGCUGGGAUAUUCUGCGAUCUCAGAAGGUAGCUGCUCCAAAAUCUAAGAAAGCUGAAACAAAAGUGGAUGAGGUUGUUCUGGCAACAAGUGACUGGUGCAAUGAUGCUGACGAUUGGGGUUGUGAUGGUGAUAACAAUGACUGCACAGACUUGAGUUUACAAGCAGAACGUUUUUGUGACAAAGAGGGCUAUAAUGGUGGAAAUAAAUUAGAGAUAUCAGAACAAUCAAAUGUGUGUGAACAGGGAGUUACUGGGGAUUUUACUUCCCAAAUGCUGGAUUUAAGACUACAUGAUGACUUGGUUGUACAAGCAGAGGCGACGGAUGAAUUUUUGUCAUUUUAUAUCAAUGUUUUUGAAGAACCAACAGAACACACACAUACAGCACAUGAACUUAGACUUGUGAAGGAAUAUGAGAAAAGAGAGGGACUAGAUUUUAUGGAUUGGCAUGACAAUUCCAGUAAUAAAGGACAAAAGAGUUCCAAGGUUGAAAAAUAUGAGAAAGUCGUUGCAUCACAUGGUGAUGUUGUGUUUGAAAAAUUUAUGAAGACGGUAUCACUCUGCCCUCAACAGUGUUUAAGGUACUGUUGGGGUGGCACCCCUCUGUAUAUCAGGAAUCCACAGCAAACAUCCCUAGACAAAGCUCAAGAGCCUUGUAAAUACUGUGGAAGUAAAAUGACCUUUGAACUUCAGUUAAUGCCAUCUCUUGUCAGGUUAUUACAAGACCAAUCAAAUCCAGAUAAGACUGUUGAAUUUGGCGUCAUAUUAGUGUACACGUGCAGUAAGAGCUGUUGGCAAGAGGAUGAUGAUGCUAGCUGUCGGAACGAGGUGGUCAUCAUCCAACCAGAUCCUGAUCAAGAUCUCUUCAAAGUGUUUUAAUAGAUAGCAAUGAAUCACCCUUCUCAAUUAACAAUGAAGUAAAGAUGAUAAUAAAUAUUUGAGAAAAACAUAUGUCCCCAUUAGGAUUCGAACCCAAGAUCUUAUAAUUACUGUUUAGAUACUCUAUUUUAUAUAUUAUAUUUAUUAUCAUCUUUAAUUACCACCAGUGGAGGUGUAUCUCCACACCAAAGUUACUUUCAAUGAAAUAAAGACAAGUAUUUUUCAAAGUCAGAUAUUUUUUUUGUGUAUUUCAAUAUGUCACACACUGAUUACUGACCACAUCAGUAUUAAACUAUUAUAUAAAUAUGCCAAUGUAAACAAUCAUUUGUAAACAAGCUUGGCAUUUCAGUAAAAAUAUAGACCUACAUUAUAACAAAUAUUGUAAGUGAAUGAAAACUAAGCAAUAUUAAUUAAAUAUUAACUGUUAAAACAUUAUAAUUACUGUACUGAAAUAAUAAUACUGGUGGUGUACCAUAUAACUUAUUU